AUGACACAAGUCCUGACAAAUGAUUCAACCCGCCUCGCGGAGGUAUCAUACUUUGAACCAUUGGCAAUCCAUGCUCGUGAAAAGCCUUACAUCUCCAAUGUCCCCUUUGUCGAAACAGAUGGACCUUGGAACAAUCUGAACCAAGUCAAAUACGAGACGCCGAUUACGGAUAUUCGCGGGCGUGAAAAUGAGUUUUCACUUGCCAAGAACGGGUUUGAGUAUAUUCAGAAGAAGUUUACAGACCCUCCCGUUGGUCAUAUCGACAGCCUAGAUCAUCCAUAUGUUCUUCUUGACAUGGAACGGUUUCUUGGGCAGCGAUAUGGAGCCUCGAUGGUACUCGUGUACGACGCAAUCGUUCGAAAGGUUGGAUUGGAUGGUUAUUUUCAGCAAGCAGAUGCUGCGCACAUCGGUAAGAUGACCCGCUCCAUUCCCUCCUUCUGA